CGUGCCCGUUUUGUACGGUGUGCUUUCGCGUGGGACAGUCGCGCUUAACCUGCCCAUCCAUGAAGUCCGUUCCAGAACCGUGUCCACCGACAAAACGGAACUUUUUCUGCAAAAAAGCCCAUUCAGUUUGUUGAUCUGUUUUAUUUAACCUGUGUUGCUUUUUCUUCGCUUUCAAAAAGUCUAAAAAUAACGAACAAUAGUAAAGUAGCAGCAAAAACGCGUUCGCGUGCGUCACGGAAUUGAGUGAAUAAAAUAUUAUACCGGUUCGCACUAUGGUGGAAGCAAGCGACAGCAGUUGCCGAAAGCAGCAGCAGCAGCAGCACCAGUCGACUCACAGUGCCGACGAUCGUACCGAGCGAACGUUCACCAAACUAUCGCAAACCGUCGCGAAGCUGCUCCGGGUCGAGGUGGAAAUCCAACGGAACCGCAAACCCAGCGCGUGCUGCUCGCACCAUCGCAAGCAGCGCAGCAAAAGGAAGCGCAAACGAACGAAGGUGGUGUUUACUGGGGAAAAGUUUGAAGAUCCCGAUCCCUACCAGCUGGCCGUGCGGAAAACCAACUAUGGCAAACGCAAGGAGAAGCUAAAGUUUGUCGGCGAACAGUUCCAAGAUCCCGAUCCGUACGGGUUGGCCAUCCGCAAGACGAGCACCGCGAGCAGCUGCACCAGCGAUCAUCAUCGCGAGCUAUCACAGCAGUAUCGUACGCAGCUGGCCGAAACGCAUCCCGCGACCGUGUUCUCGCCCAUCGAUUACAUAAAACGCGACGUAAAGUGUAUUGCGGAAAUGCCCGACGAUGAGACGGUGGCGUAUGACCGUUGCGCGGAUGUGUCCAAGCAGGCGGAACCAGCACCGGCAGCGGGAUGGAAACCUCUGCUAGCGCAGGCCUGUGCUGUGGGUGCGAAAAAUGUGCUACUGCUGGGGUAUGGCAUGACGUUGGGCUUCCCUACGAUAGUAAUUCCCGCCAUUCAGGGUGGCGAUGGGCGCGAGCCCGCCCUCGAGCGGGACGUAACGCUGAGCCGGGAGCAGAUUUCGUGGCUAAGUUCCAUCAACUUGAUCUGUGUGCCGUUGGGCAGCAUUUUUUCCGGCAUGCUCGCCCAACCGAUUGGCCGACGGCGCGCAAUGCAGCUCAUUAACUUCCCCAUCUUCGUCGCCUGGCUGCUGUUCCAUUAUGCUAGUGAUGUAACGUUCCUGUACGUAGGACUCGCACUGGCCGGCCUUAGUGGAGGGCUCGGAGAAGCUCCUGUGCUGACGUACGUCGCUGAGAUUACGGAACCUCGGUACCGGGGUAUGCUGGCCGCUACCGGUUCCACCUGCGUCAUAUUGGGCGUUUUGCUCGAGUUUCUCAUGGGCAGCUUCAUGAAGUGGCGCACGGUCGCACUGAUCAGUGCCGUCGUGCCCGUACUGGCCGUGGUGGCGCUAUGUUUCAUCCCGGAGAGUCCCGUUUGGCUGGCCAGCAAGGGACGACUCGAGGAUUCAAAGGCAGCCCUUGCUUGGCUACGCGGCUGGACAUCGAAAGAGCAGGUUGCGCACGAGUUCGAGGAGAUAGAGCGUCAAAUGGCAACGGACGCGGAACUGCAGAAGGAUUUCACGAUCGUGGACAAGGCGCGGCUUUACACGCAGCGGGCCUUCCUUCAACCGUUCGGUAUUAUUUUGCUGUGUUUCUUCAUCGGACACUUUUCCGGCAUGACGACACUUCAAACCUACGCCGUCCAGAUCUUUCACACUCUGAAAGCGCCCAUCAACAAAUAUUACGCGACUUGUCUGCUGGGACUGACCGAGCUGAUUGGGACACUGUUCUGCGUGUUUCUGGUGCACCGUACCGGCAAGCGACCGCUCGUGUUCAUCUCGACUAUUGGAUGUGCCAUCUGCUUCUUCGGAGCGGCCAGCUAUGCCUACUUCCUGAACGACAUCCCAGGCGCCGCCGUACAAAACGUGGUCGCAAAUGUGUCCUCCAUCAAGGCGGACAUCACGGUCAUACCAUUGCAGUCCAAAGAGGUAAUAGCGGAGUGGCAUCGUAACAGCACGGUGCACCCGCCGAUCAAUCUAACGCAGAUCGAAACGCAAUUAGCCAACAGUAACGCAUCCUUGCGUGCAGAAGCGAUCAACGGCACAGCCAACCAUUCGCUGGACAGUGGCAUUGUGUAUGCCGCGCAGAGCUUCACCAACUACUACCUUAAUGAUAGCCUGAACGAUCCAAUUAACAUCACGAUCAGUUACGGAGAGUACGUUAAAUCCGCUAUCCCGAGAGAAGUGUUCGUGCCGUUGCCGCACGUGAACAAGAACAAGUACGUCUGGAUCCCGCUGACCCUGCUGCUCGGCAGUGCCUUUCUGACGCAUAUUGGCAUUCGAUUGAUACCGUGGAUACUGAUAGGAGAGCUCUUUGCGCCGAACGUGCGCAGCGGUGGGUCCGGGUUGGCCGGCGGCAUAGCGUACAUCUUUGGGUUUAUCGCCAACAAGACGUUCCUCAAGAUGCUGGCUGUAUUCACCUUACCGGGGACCUUUUGGAUCUACUCGCUAGUAACGAUCGUCGGAGCCAUGAUCCUUUACAAAGUGCUUCCCGAAACGGAGGGCAAAUCGCUGCAGGAGAUUGAAACGUACUUUCUGGCGGGCAAAAAAACGUCCACGACAAUAGACCAAGAAGCGCCUGUACCACCCCGGCUGGGGCCAAAGGUUUCCACUGCCAGCAUGCACCCAGUGCCACCACCGAUCCCACCAAAACCCUACCCCUUGAAGGAUGAUAUCGAUCGGGCACGACGUAUCUCGCUGGUGCCACGACAAAUGUCUCAAUCGUCGCGAAACACGACCGCAUCCGACUUCUCGCGUGCGUCGUUUAAUUCUCAACACUCUCACAACCAUUCUGGAAUGAGUCGCAACUCGUCAUGGACCUCCUAUACGCUGGAAGACACGCACGACCAUGCUCAUCCGGUGCAGGUGUUUAGAAAAAUAUCCGACUCAAUUCCUGCCGUUGAAGCCGUGGAAUCACAGCACAGCAUGACGCAGCCGCAACCAUCAAGAAAUCAAGUGUCAUCGCACGUCCUUCCUGUCGUGAGCGCCGUUGGUCUAAAGCCGGAGCGAAAGGUAUCUAGCGGAAAGCAAACUUUACAUGUAAACGCCGAUUUAAAGCACCCGGCGCACAAAACCCAACCAAUGACACGCCCGGUACGUGCACGAGCAAAACGGCCACCCCCAUCACAUCAGUUCGAUUUCCAAGGUUCCGAAAGUAACAAAAAGUUUGAAGAAUUUCUUCACCGCUAUCAGGAUAAAGCUCAAGACUCGCACGCGCAAGCGAAUCGUCCUGUGCGCCACGUAACUAGCGCACACGAUCUUAAAGCUCUCGGGAAGGAGUCUCAGCCCAGUUCUGGCGCAAUUGCUGCUGCAAAUGGAGGCGGGGCCGGUAUAUUGACGGAUCGCAAACUUUUCAACAGCACCACCAAGCUGUCCUCCUCGUGUGCCGGAGAAGGCGUAGAACAUCAUGUCGCUCGCGAAGGCGGACUCAGCAAUGCCGGAUUUCAUUUAAGCUCAAGUGACGAAUCGACGGAUAUGUAGCACAGAUGGAUUACAUUAUUCGAUUUCGAUCUAAUGUAUGCAGCUGGAGAAGCUUUACUGUAGUAAUUUGUUAUUAUUCGAUUCGAUCUAAUUUAUGCAGCUGGAAAAGUUUUACUGUA